AUGACCGAUACACCGCAGACCACGGCGGGUGCCAACCCCAAGGAAGCCAGGGUCCUAGAGCAGCAUCUAGACCCAAGCUUCGACUUCUCAGAGUUUGACCCAGCGACGCCAGCGGCAGAAGAGGGCGCAGAUAACGCCUCCAACUCAGGCGACCGCCAGCUCCCGGAAUCAUCGUUGCGGUUACAGGGUGGCGACAUCCACCGCGACCUGUACAAGAUUGCGGCACAGAACAGACGGCAAAAGUUACACCAACGAGCAGCAACCUUUUCUGAUGCAGUCCACUUUGGCCGCAACCCUGCUCUGUCAAUUUCAGACGUUGACCAUGACGAACUACCCGUUCGCGACCAGCUCGCGCCCGGCGGCCUGAGACGCCAAUACUUACAACGGCAAAGCAAGCGUGUCAGCUACAUCUCGGAGCCUGUUACGCGAAACUUCAUUUCUUUCCUUGAACUGUAUGGCCAAUUCGCCGGUGAAGAUCUUGAUGAAGAUUCGUCGGAUGCGGAAUCUGCCGUUGAAGAGGAAGAUGAGGGGCAAGGCGAGCGGAGACCACUUCUCGGACGACGACAGAGCUCGAAGAGACUGAGGGCUCAGGGUGAUGCGGAUCAAGUCAAGACCUUCUUUACUCUCCUGAAGGCGUUCAUCGGUACCGGAAUCAUGUUCUUGCCCAAGGCCUUCAAGAACGGCGGCAUGCUGUUUUCAUCGAUCACCAUGAUCAUGGUUUCUGCUAUUACAGCGCUGUGUUUCGAGUUGCUGCUAGCGACAAGGAAGAGAUAUGGCGGUGGUGGUUAUGGUGAUCUGGGUUCUAUCGUUGUGGGACCGAGAUUCCGCGCCCUCAUUCUGGUUUCCAUCACGCUCUCGCAAAUCGGCUUCGUAUGCGCUGGUCUCAUCUUUACUGCCGACAACCUUCGAUCGUUCCUGGAUGCUGUCACUCACGCCGAGGAGCCUCUCUCAACCAAUGCGCUCAUCGGUAUCCAGAUCGCUGUUCUGAUACCCAUGUCCUUCAUCCGAAACAUCUCCAAGCUCGGACCUGCCGCCCUUCUCGCCGAUGUCUUUAUCCUCAUCGGCUUGACGUACAUUUACUGGUACGAUAUCUCAUCGAUCACCAAGAUGGGCGGUUUCAACCCAUCUAUCGAACUCUUCAACCCCCGCGACUUUACUCUGACUAUCGGUUCCGCCAUCUUCACUUUCGAGGGCAUCGGCCUUAUCCUUCCCAUUCAGUCCAGCAUGAAGGAGCCCGAGCACUUCAGCAAGCUCCUCUACAUCGUCAUGCUCAUCAUCACCGUCAUCUUCACGUCCGUCGGUGUGCUUUGCUACGGUACCUUUGGAGAGAACGUCUCCGUCGAGGUCAUCACCAACUUCCCCCAGACCAGCAAGCUCGUCAACGCCGUCCAGUUUCUCUACUCCAUGGCCGUCCUCGUCGGCACACCAGUGCAACUUUUCCCCGCUAUGCGUAACAUUGAGCUCAAGAUCUUUGGUCGCGCAUCCGGCAAGCAGAGUAACAUGACCAAGUGGAAGAAGAAUGCCUUCAGGACGUGUCUCGUCAUUCUUUGCGGUGCCAUCGCUAUCCUUGGAGCUAGCGACCUCGAUAAGUUCGUUGCGCUCAUCGGAAGCUUUGCCUGUGUACCUCUGGUGUACAUCUACCCUGCCUACCUGCACUACAAGGGCGUCGCCAACCGUCCUUGGGAGAAGUUCGGUGACAUCUCCAUGAUGGUUAUCGGUGUCGUUGCCAUGGUGUACACUACCAGUAUCACACUUGCUAGAUGGUCUGAGACCUAA